CACCUAAUCUUGCGAGAGUUGGCACAUUUACAGAUCUGCGCUAUUUCUAUAAAAAGGCGAAAACAUUCGAGAAGAAAUUUAGUUUUAUUUACAAAGCGUAAAGAUGAAGCAGUCCAGCACCAAAUUAUUAGCAUUUUUUCUAUUCAACGCAUUUGUGGCGCUCGCCAGUGCACUACCUUAUCGACACUUGAUUACGCUUGACCCCGCUGUUCAGUCACUGGUGCCAGAAGAAACUGUUGUUGCAACACAAUUACAUGUAAUGCCCAACGCUGAACGAAUUGGAGAUUAUGAAUAUAAGGAAGUACCGUUAGUUUCGCGUAAACGUGCUAAGGAAAUUGUGUCCGCUGAGGAGGAUAAAUUGGAUGGUGAAGAAGAAAAAGAAACCAUGCAAAAUGUAAUGAACAAAAAAGAAGCAGCGGAGCAUGCGAAUAACGGUGAAUUAAUUAAUAACAUUGCAGCUAUCGCGGAGAAUACACAAAGUGUAGCUGAUAAUGCUGUGUUAACACCACACAAAACUAAGCCUCUUACCGUAGACAGCGGAAAUCCUAUUUAUAUAACCAUACCCAUAUAUGUGAAUUCAUCGGCGGGUCUGCCAUUAACACUAUCGAUUGGUGGUCAACAGAUUCCAUUUAAAGCAAAUCGUAUCGGUUUAAAUGGUGCUUUAAAGAGAGAAGUCUCUCCAACAUCGCUAUACAAUAAGUUGCCAUAGAGAAGAAAUAAAAUAAAUGUAUAUAA